AAGGUGUCAAAUGCGGGCAAUUUCUCGAUUAGCGAUUGGGAAAGUGACAUCAAGCUAGCUCAAGAUGCUCACAUCGAUGCCUUCGCACUCAAUAUUGCCUACAACGAUCCAGUCAACUCGCCGCAGAUUUCAAAUGCCUUCUCUGCCGCAGGCGACCUAGAUUUCAAGUUGUUCUUUUCCUUUGAUUAUGCAGGGAAUGGGGCUUGGGCAAAGGAUGAUGUGGUUCUAUUAUUGAAGCAAUAUGGCAGUAACGGUGCUUACUACCAUCACAAUGACCUCCCAUUUGUGUCGACAUUUGAAGGGCCCGAUAGUGCCGCGGACUGGUUCUUCAUCAAGCAAGAAACAGGUGGCCUCUUUUUCAUGCCAGACUGGUCUUCUUUGGGGGCCAAGGCUGCCGUUGAGCUUGGAGCGGGCCUCAUCGAUGGACUUUUCUCUUGGGCAGCAUGGCCUUGGGGUGAUCGGGAUUCCAACACCUUCACCGAUGCCUCAUACCUCCAGUAUCUCAAUGGCUCAGGCAUUUCACUCCCAUAUAUGAUGCCUGUCUCUCCAUGGUUCUACACCAAUCUCCCCGGAUAUGAUAAGAAUUGGUUGUGGCGUGGUGACGAUAUAUGGUAUAAUCGCUGGCAAGAGGUGCUCUAUGUCCAACCCGAGUUCGUGGAAAUCAUCACCUGGAAUGAUUGGGGUGAGUCUCACUACAUUGGGCCCCUCCACGACAAUGCAUGUGCCCCAUUUUCAAUUGGAGAAGCCGAAUUCAACUACGCGGAAAACAUGCCUCACGAUGGCUGGCGCCAGUUUCUUCCAUUCGUCAUCGAUACCUACAAGUCCGGAAAUGCGGAGAUCACCCAGGAGGGAGUGGUUGCUUGGUAUCGCCUUACGUCCAGUACUGCAUGCGACACUGGGUAUACCCCUGGAAACACCACUUCCGAGUUACAGCUUGAGUUUCAGCCGUAUGACGUGGUCCAGGAUAAGAUCUUCUUCUCUGCUCUUCUUGGGUCUGCCGCCGAUGUAACAGUCAGUAUCGGUGGGAAUGAACAAGCAGCGUCGUGGACUUAUACUCCAGAAGGCGGCAUCGGCAUAUACCACGGCAGCAUUUCCUUCACCGGCUUUACUGGGACUGUGGUGGUGACUGUCACGCGAGAUGGCUCCGUCAUCGCCGAGAUGACUGGUGAGGAGGUUCUCGCCGACUGUCCCAAUACCUGGGAAAUCUGGAACGCCUGGGUGGGUUAUGCCAUGUCGGACGCAACGAUCUCAGCCACCCCUGCGCUGGACUUGUCAGACCGAGUAUGCGUUAAAAGUACCAGUCUAGGGAACUUUGCCGGACUCUGUGAGUUUACCUGUCAGUAUGGCUACUGUCCCAUCAGCGCCUGUACAUGCCUGGCAAUGGGGGCCCUGGUCAAGCCGGAUGUGACUCUGAAUGUCAACGGGUACCCCAUCUCGGGCGAGGAUGCCAGCUAUGACGGACUUUGCAGCUAUGCAUGCAACCAUGAUUACUGCCCCGACACAUCCUGUGGCUCUAAAGAAGUUCCUUUGACAGUGCCAACGGUUUCCGACUUCUCCCCGCCAGCCUGUGUCGCAGGCACUGGGGACGGCAACCUUGGCGGACUCUGCAGCUAUGCCUGUGGCUAUGGCUUCUGCCCUAUCCUGUCUUGCACAUGCACUGAGACCGGUGUUUUGGUCACGCCCCCUGAUGCCAAUGCCACUAUCAAUGGUAAGGCUGCGAGGGGCCUUGUGGCCCGAGACUACGACUCGCUCUGUGACUUUAGCUGUACCCGGACUUACUGUCCAACAGAGGCCUGUGUCAAGGCCACCACCACAACGGCAUCUACGGGUGAUGGCUCGGGCUGGAACUCGCUCUCUUGCUUAAACAUUAAGCCAGAUAGCACAACGCAAUGGGCUGACGCCCAAGCGGAUGAUGCCUGGACUGCCGCAAUAGCAAACUGGAAGAAAUCCUAUUUCGCGCAGUUUACAUGGGCAAUAAGUGUCUUUUUCUAUGGCCCCAGUUGGAGCGAUAUGGACUGUUUCAGUCUUUCUGAUUCAAACGGUAAGUUGCGUCGUUUGCUUGUUGUAUGCCCGCAAAUGAGUACAAAUACUGACAAGUGA